AUGCAACAGUCUUCCUUUUUUCUUGCUGUACUUAUCUUCAAUGGCAGUUACAAUGAGAGUAGAAGAAGAAAGAAAUCCGGAUAUACGUUGCAUUUUUUUUCUUAUUUGGAGCAACAACAAAAAACAAAUUGUGAGAAAGUGAAGAUGGGAAACUGUUUGAGACAUGAAUCAUCCAAUAUGGUAUGGGCAAGAGAUGACUUAGAACCAGUGUCACCUACAGGUAUUGUUGCAGAGAAAGAAAGUCUGCUGGGAAUUAAUACUAAUAAUAGUAAGAGAGGGAUGAAAAUCAGAAUAACAAAGAAGGAGCUGGAGGAAAUGCUAGGAAGAGUGAACAUGCAGAUGCAGGGCGUGACGGUGGACCAAGUUUUAUCUGCAAUGUUGAUGAAUUCCAGGGCUGAUGGCUCUCAUCAUCAUAAUAUUCAGCGUAAACAGUUCUCAUCAUGGCGUCCCCGUCUUCAAAGAAUACCUGAGGUCUAUUAAAAGUGACUACUGAUCACUGUAUUGGUGGAAAAGUAGACUCGUGGAUUAUUGAUAUGCUGGCAGCUUACAUAAGAGUCAAAACGAUAAAGGAGAGUGAAGAUUAGAGAAGGCAUGGGUAAAACACCCUUGGGAUCGUUUACAAAAAUAUCGUACCUGACAGCUGGAAAAGAAGAGAUAGGCGCGGAAUGGAUAAGACCACGAGGGAGGUAGGCUCAUUAAUAGCCACGAAUAAGAAAAGAAACCAGCAUAAUUUUGGAUUGUGCGCGAUUGGCUAUUAUUACCAUAACCGUUACAAUUUACCCAUGUAACGGGGUAAUCAAUGUAAUAAAUAACAGUAACAUACGAGAAUUAAGCAAGACAAAACAGUUACAUAUUGUACCCUUAUAUAAACUACCUUACUAUAUCUUGUACGAUCAUCGGAAAAUUCACGAAAUUAAAUUGUCAAUCACUUAUAUUUUAUUCUGUGUUAUUUGA